AAUGGCGAUCCCUCUGAAGAGAUUUGUGGCGUCUUGGAAUUCAGCUUGUGCUAAUUGUUCAAAUUGGUCCUCGAGUUUGGACUUUUUCGCUGCCAUAGGUGGGAGAUAUUGAUAUGAGUGAGAAUUAGGUAAAGUAGGGUACAGUGUCUGUACCCGUCCUCACUCUAUUUCAGUGCUUUGAAUCCGGAAAAUUCAUCAGGUCUGCAAGGAGAAAUUGAAAAUGAGUGCAGAAAAUAGAAAAAUAAGGAUCCUUGCGAUUCAUGGAUAUUAUCAAUCUGGUCCUAUUUUCCGUUCUAAGCUGGGAUCGUUGAGGAAAGGUUUUAAGAAGAUUAAUUUUGUAUUCGCUGAAGCCCCACAUGAAGUGCCCCCAGGGCAAUUUGCUAACGAUGGAGAAGAGGCUGUCGGAGGAAAAGGAUGGUGGUUUAAUACGGAAAGUCAUUACUUCAGAGCAACAGAGCCGAGUAAUCUCUCAGUUGGUUACGAGGAAAGUCUGGCAUAUAUAGAAAAAGUAUUCCAAAAGGAAGGGCCUUUCGAUGGAAUUCUGGGAUUCUCUCAAGGUGCAUCGUUCGUCUCGAUUCUCUGCGCUUUACAGCAAAAGAAAUUAUCACCAAUCAAUUUCAAGUUUGCUAUCCUGAUAUCUGGCUUUAAAUCUCUCUGCGCACCUCACGCGAAAUUCUAUGAUGAACCCAUCGACUUACCAACACUUCACGUAUUUGGAGAAAGUGAUAAGAUCAUUCCAACAGAAAUGGCUAAAGACCUCAGUGACCUGUUUACCAAUAAGAAGCUAAUGAUACAUGAGGGAGGCCACUAUGUGCCAAGCAAGAAACACAUAUACCAAGAUUUCUUAAAUGAAAUGCACGCAAAUAGUUCAUGAACUUAUACAUAAUUUCUUUGAAAAAAUUGUAUUUUCUACAUUCUCGCAAAAUACGAGGCAUUAAAUCAGUUUCGCGGGGAAAAACUGAUGAUUGCAAUGAUGCAAAGUAUUCAACUAGAAGAAUUCUAUGAUUAUUUAUUGUGACUAUGAGAGAAAAUGGUAACAGAAAGGCAGGUUUAAAUUUCUUUCUCGACUACGUAUAUCGAUCACAUUUGACAUGACAAUGUUUACAGUUAUAAAAAAUUCAUGAUUAAGUAUUCUUAAUUUUUGCAACUUUUAAGUGGAAUCAAAGCGAUUAUUUGCACUUGUCGACUCUAGAAGAAUAUAUAUUGUGUAUACAAAAUGUUUAUUAAAGUAUUAACAACGAUUGUUAUUGCGUCAA